GGGAAGCGGGCUUUUGCCUCACUCGGCUGCCUCCACACUCCACACUCCACGCCACCACACCACGCUCUGCUCCCCGUCUCGUUCCCUCCUCCCCACCGCCGCCGGCAGCGGGAUCAUGGCGUCGGCGAUCGGGUCGCGGCGGCUCACGGUGCUGCGGGAAUUCCUCCCGCACGGGCUCGAGGUAGAGGAGGCCGACGGCGAGGGGACCCGCGGGGCGCGGCCGCCGCAUGACCAGGACUACGACUACUUCCUCUUCGACCCCGCCCUCGCCGCCUCCCCCGCCCCCGCCGCCGGCGACGAGGCCGAGGCCUCAUCCUCCGGCGCCGACGGCGACCACGAGCUCUUCAUCCGCGGCAAUCGUGAUCAAGUGCAUGAGCAAAGAUAGGCCAUCACUGUUACAGGUCUAUGUCAGUUUUUACACAAUAAUUGAGUCAAUGUGGGAGCAUUUGAAGAUUGGACAUUUUCCUUUCUAUGAUUCUCUUUUCGUUCCCAACUUGAAGGUCAGCAUUGUGAGAAACCGGUUCAUGGCAUGAUUUGGAACCUUGGUUAUUAUCAAUAUGUUCAGUGCUGUUCCUAUCCCCAAGGAAUUCAGCAUCACAUGGCUACCAACUUACAGUAUCAUAUCAGCUUCAUAUUCAUCUGUUCUGAUGAUGCUGCACCUUUUAUUAUUGAUGCCUUUCAAGCUUUCAGAAACUGCCCAACUUUUGGUUAUGUAUUGCCAUUCUUCUUUCCAAUAUGCUGGUCGCUCUGGCCUACAAUGAAGCAUUAGUUGAUGGUAGAAUUACAAAUGCAGGCAUUAUUCAGUCCAAGUUCUUGGAAUCACUCAUGAAACGCGUGGAAGAUAUCUUCGCGGAAUUGCCGAACCUCAAGGACAAAUGCCACAGUUACUUGAGCACCGGCAAAUGGCCUGACACCCAAAAUGACGCGGUGCUCCUCUCUUGUAUCUCCAUUGGUACAGCAUCCCACCUCCCCAUGUUGUGGCAUCUGCAGUUGAGAAGGUUAAACCCAAUGCUCCCGCCGGUGUCUCCAUGCUCCCGCUGCUUCACCUCCUGCUGCCGACCACGCACCUUUUGGGACUGAUGGAGAUUGAGAAGCUUCACAUCGCCAUGAAACCCUAAAGCCGUCCGUCGAAAAUGCGAGGAUCAUUGGGCCUUUUGCAUACAGGUUCUUAAAUGCAAACACCAAAUCAUGGAUCGAUACCAGCAACUGCAGAUAGUGCCAAGCGCAAUUUAUGACCAUGGAGAGGAAGUCAGCGGUUGAAGCUGCACUUAAUUUAUUUAGGUAGUGAGAAGCAAAUUUGUACAGCUUGUGUUGAUGUCUCGAGUUAACUAGAAGUUUAGCGCGGCAUUGCCGCGCCCGAUGGCUCGUGGUCACGCCUGGUGCCCUGCAAUUGCCGUGUUCCGUUGAUAUUAGUCGAACCACUGAGGUCUCGAAUCCACACGUUGGGUCUUCCUUGGUGAUUUCAAUAUUAGUUCAUUGACCAGGUCUUGCCGAGGUCUCGAAUCCACGUGUUGGGUCUUCCUUGGUGAUUUUGGAUCUGGUAUUUUGGUUGAGAUAAACUUAUCUAUUAGUUCAUUGGUGAUUUCAAUAUUAUUUUUAGAUAGACAUACUAAAAUAUGAAUAUGAGGUAGACCUUGUUUCUAGAACUCUAUUGAAUAUAAGAUUGCACAUAUGGAACCAAAUACUAUACCAGAUUCUAUAUCAUUUAAUAGUUCUUUUAAUUUCAUAUGGAAAAUAUGAAUGUGAUAUCUAAAGUAAUAUUGCAUGGUUACCUUAUUUCGUUUGUGGGUCGUAUAUUUGUCUGGAUCAUAAUAAUACAUACAAAGUUGAUAUCCUCUUUCGCCAUAUGAAAAUAAUAAAGGAUAUUUCAAAGCCAUAAAUGCUGGGUGCAAUAUCAAAACUUCUCUUAGAGCUUCAUCUUGACUUCGUACUAUGAUGUCGUGCUUAUAAUUUUCUAGUGAUAUGUCGCCUACUAUUAACAAUGCCAAAUCAUCAGUACCUUCUUGAUGUAAAGCAUGAAUUCUAUUUGCUAAUUCAUUUUUUGUAUCAUAAAUAUAUAAUUCAACAAAUUUAGGGUUCUUAUUAGGUUUAGGUAACAAAGAUCCUAUACGAUGGAGUAUUUGACCGUUAAUAUAAAAUACAUAGGGUCCAUUACCUUCAUAUAUUGUCUUGUCUAUAUUAGCACCCAUAGAAGUGAAAGCAAAUAAACUAUUAUAUUGUCUUAUCUGUCGUAGAAAUUUUUUGCAUCAGCUAUCACCAUUGUAAUUAAGUAAGCUUUUAAGAAAACAUGGUGGAUCUUUAUAUCAAGGUAUACAGAUUUUGUCAUCCUUACACAUAGGUUGUAUACAGCAUUUUUUUCUCUACUUGUAGAUUCACGUUUAUUUCGUGCUUCGUACCAAAAUAUAGCAUUGCAAUGUCGACAUGUAUAGUUUGGUAUACCAUAGUAUGAUCGUCUGGUAUAAGAAUUUUUUAAGUGCUCAAUGUAAUCUCAAG